AUGAAUGAACCCAAACUUAAUGAAUACAUCACCGUUCCGUUGGUUUUUAUUUGCUUUUCUUCCUCUUCAGAAUCAUCAUCACCAUUAAAUUAUUAUUUUCUUGAAAAGGAAUUUAAUGGAAAGAGAAAUGAUCAUGUUUCGUAUGCUAUUUGCUUGAGAAAGAGAUUAUAUUUUUGGGAAGAUGAAUUUGAUCAGGGAAUGAUAAUUAAUAUGAAAGUGCAAUUGAUAAAACUAUUAACCAUCCAGCAGCAUGAUUAUGGAAAAUUUGAAAAGUUUAAUUUUGAGGAAUUAUCUAACAUUGAAAUGAAAUUUGAAAGAGUUGAUUUCAAAUUUAGUAAGCCAAUGUUUAAUGAACAUCCCAGCACUAAUGGUGGAACCAGGAAGGAAAUUGAUUAUUAUUGUGGAGUUAGGGCAUUUAGAAUUACAAUUGAAUUGGAUCAGAAGGAUAUUAGCAAGUCAAUUGUGAAAAUUCGUGAAAUUAACUCUAUAUUUGAAAUUGAAUACAAUCCAUUUUGUGAUAUGAAUCACUUUGUGGAUGAACCAUUUCUACAACAUGACAUGUGCAUGAAUUUAAUUGUAGACGCUGAUGAUAAGACUCUUCUCAUUGAACCCAAUUUGUUGAGUGAGAAUUCGAAACAAAGAUUAAUUGGAAAUCCUGUUAAAAUUCCUCCAAUGCCAUUCGAUUCCUUACUUCUCCAUGCAACAAUUCUCUCAAGAUUGGAUGAAUCCAACGAAAAAGUUCUAAUGAUUCACUAUCGUGAUACUGCUAAAAAGUAUCGUCAUCUUGUGAGAAGAAUUUCAUUUGAAGAUAAUAAUGGGAAACUUGUUGGAAAAUUGGGAAAGUGUGAAUUGCAUAAUUAUUUCAAAUAUUUCAAUGAAAAAGUGAGAAUUAUUUCACAUUGUAGA